GUUCCUUUUGGGGGCGGAGAAAAGGUCGGGCGGAAAAAAAAAGGGCUUUUUGGUUUGUUUUUUUCUCCGUUUCCUUUCCGCUGCUCGGCGGUAAGCGUUGCGGCGGCUCCUCCGGACGACGGGCCGGGAUGGCGGUGCAGGCGGCCCAUCUGGAGGCGGACGCCUUCUUGGUCUGCCUGAACCACGCGCUGAGCACCGAGAAGGAGGAAGUUAUGGGCCUUUGCAUUGGGGAGGUUGACACUAGCCGAAUUGUUCACAUUCAUUCUGUGAUCAUCCUACGCCGGUCAGAUAAAAGGAAAGAUCGUGUAGAAAUUUCUCCUGAGCAGCUCUCAGCUGCUUCAACGGAAGCAGAGAGAUUGGCUGAGUUAACAGGACGGCCCAUGAGAGUUGUGGGCUGGUAUCAUUCUCAUCCACACAUAACCGUCUGGCCAUCACAUGUAGAUGUUCGCACACAAGCGAUGUAUCAGAUGAUGGACCAAGGCUUUGUGGGACUGAUCUUCUCCUGUUUCAUUGAAGAUAAAAACACAAAGACAGGCCGGAUUCUGUACACCUGUUUCCAGUCUGUUCAAGCCCAAAAGAGCUCAGAGUAUGAAAGGAUUGAAAUUCCUAUUCAUGUUGUUCCUCAUAACACCAUUGGGAAAGUGUGUCUGGAGUCGGCUGUGGAACUACCCAAGAUCUUGUGUCAAGAGGAGCAGGAUGCCUACAGGAAAAUCCACAGCCUUACUCAUCUGGAUUCUAUAACCAAAAUUCACAAUGGCUCAGUUUUCACUAAAAACCUCUGCAGUCAGAUGUCUGCCAUCAGUGGCCCUUUGCUGCAGUGGCUGGAGGACCGCCUAGAGCAGAACAAACAGAGGAUGCUGGAGCUGCAGCGGGAGAAAGAGGAGCUGCUGCAGGAGCUGGCUGCCCUGGAGUGACCAGAACAAAGACCUCAAACCCUUGAGAAAGGAAGCAGGAUUGAUGUUUUCAUGAACUUGGCCCUGUGUUGCCUUAUUGCUUCUCCUGCUCUUCCUCCUGUCUUGCAGUGAACACUGCCACAGAUUGGGAAGGACCCUGGACUGUGGGGUGGGGGAUGUCAGGGAGCAGGGCAGCAGGCCUUGGAGAAGGAUGCAAGGUCAACUUUUCUAGAAGGUGGCUUUCCAUUUUUUUAUGCAACAGUCAUUGGAACACUGUGUGUGUUGAGUGGGUUAAUAUAAGCAUGGUGGACUUUGUCCUGACAUGCAUCUCAUACCUGCUAAGUAACUCAUGCUUGUCUGGAUCAGCCACAUUGGUUUCACAUGCCCUUUUUUUGCCCCAGUUGAAAAAAAAAUUCAACAUGUCCCUUUUAACGUUCUGAAAAUCCGUUGGUGAUGCUUACAGAGCAGAAGCUGUCUGUAGUCUUUCUGAAACUGAAUAAAGUCAGCAUGAAGAGAGAAUUUCAAAA